CCCUCCCCCCCCGCGCCCCCGGCGACACGAUGGUGACGAUCCUGAGCACGGUGGAGGCCCAGGCUCCCAGCACCGCGGGGCCAUCAGGCUGUGGCCCUGUCCCCGUCCCUGUCCCGGUGGUGGCCGUGCCAGGCCCAGGGGUGGCGGCGGCGCUGCCCAACGGGGCCCCCCCGGGUCCCCCCGCUGUGACCGAUGACAGCAAAACCAACCUGAUCGUCAACUACCUGCCCCAGUCCAUGAGCCAGGAGGAGCUGCGGAGCCUCUUCGGGAGCCUCGGGGACAUCGAGUCCUGCAAGCUCGUCCGGGACAAGGUCACCGGGCAGAGCCUGGGCUACGGCUUCGUCAACUACGUGGAGGCCGGAGACGCCGACAGGGCCAUCGGGGCCCUCAACGGCCUCAAGCUGCAGACCAAGACCAUCAAGGUGUCCUACGCCCGGCCCAGCUCCGCCUCCAUCCGCGAUGCCAACCUGUACGUGAGUGGGCUGCCCAAGGCCAUGGGGCAGAAGGAGAUGGAGCAGCUCUUCUCCCAGUACGGCCGGAUCAUCACAUCCCGCAUCCUCGUGGACCAGGUCACAGGUGUGUCCCGGGGGGUGGGGUUCAUCCGCUUCGACAAGCGCGUGGAGGCCGAGGAGGCCGUGCGGGGGCUGCACGGGCAGAAGCCCCUCGGGGCGGCCGAGCCCAUCACGGUCAAGUUCGCCAACACCCCCGGGCAGAAAUCGGGGGCGGCCCUGCUGAGCCUCUGCCCCGGCGCCCGGCGCUAUGGGGCCCUGCACCCCCCCCCCCAGCGCUUCCGACUGGACAAUUUGCUGAACGUGGCGUACGGGGUGAAGAGCCCGUUGUCGCUGCUGCCCAGGUUCUCACCGUUGGCCAUCGAGGCGGUGCCGGCGCUGGCCGGGGUGGGCUUGGGGACCCCCGGGCCCGGGUGGUGCAUCUUUGUCUACAACCUGGCGCCGGAGGCGGACGAGAGCGUCCUGUGGCAGCUCUUCGGACCCUUUGGCGCCGUCACCAACGUCAAGGUCAUCCGGGACUUCGCCACCAACAAGUGCAAAGGGUUCGGGUUCGUCACGAUGACCAACUACGAGGAGGCGGCCAUGGCCAUCGCCAGCCUCAACGGCUACCGCCUGGGUGACCGCGUGCUUCAGGUGUCCUUCAAGACCACCAAGCAGCACAAGGCCUGAGCCUUGUCCCCGCUGGUGGCCACCGAGCGGGUGCGGGGUCUCCUGUCACUGCCAUUGGGUCACGGGGAGAAACUCAACUGGAGGCCUUGGGGACCCCCUCCAUGGGCACCAUGGAAACCAUGGAGAAAGCCAGCUGGAGACCUGGAGACCUUCAGGAACCUUCAGGGACCCCCAUGAGCACCAUGGAGAACAUGGAGAAACUCAGCUGGAGACCUCGGGGACUCCCACGAGCACCAAACACAUCCUGGAGACCUCAAGGACCCCUCCAUGGGCACCAUGGAGACCAUGGAGAAACCCAACUUUAGGUCCUGGGCACCCCCUCCGUGGACCCCAAGGACAUCCUGGGUCUCCAGGAUGGAGAAACCCACCUGGAGACCUUGGGGACCCCCUUUGUGGGCAACAUGGAGACCACGGAGAAACCCACCUGAAGACCUUGGAGACCAUGGGGACGCCCCGUGAGCACCACGGACACCAUGGAGACCUCGGAGACCCCCUCCAUGGCCACUAAGGACACCGUGGGGACACCUGACGCACAGCCUGGACACCUGGACACCCUCACCUGUCCCUGAUGGGCAUCCUGAGGACUCCUCCAGGUGCUCCAGGGCACUGGGAGGGGCCCUGGAAAGCCUGGAGACCCCCCAGGACACUGUGGACAUACCUGGGAACCUGGGACCCCCCCCAGGUACCCCAAACCCCACCACUCUGGCAGUGGCUGGACCACCUGGAGCGGUGCCCCCCCUUCACCUGAUCCAGGUGUGUCCAGGUGGGGGCUGUGCCCCCCCUUCCCUCUGCUCCAGGACUCCGGGGAGGGGACGUCUGCUCGCUCUCUCCUUCUUUCCAUGCUUUUCCAUAAUUUUUUGGGGGAGGGGGAGGAAAUUUUGGGGAGAAAGAACAAAAAUAAGGAUUAAUCACGUGUUUAAUUAGACUUGUUACCCAUUAUCAGGUAAGGAGGAGCGUGACUGACGUGGGGAGCGGCGACUCCUCAGGAGCCGCAGACCCAAAUCCAUCUAUUUUUAUAGCAGAAUAUUAAAAAUAAUCCCCCAAAAAAUCCCCAAAAUCGCCUUUCCAGAGGGGGUGAGAACCUGUUUUGUGCUCCCCAAGUUCCGUGGAAGCAGCUUGUGAACCCCAAGUGUGAUCAAGGAAAGUUUUGGGGGGUCAGUGGCACUAAAAUUCCAGGGAUUCCUCUGGUACCCCCAAGAUUGGGAAAGAGGGGAUGUGUCUUGUCACACUUCCCCACACCUCCCUCCCCAAAUUCUCCAAAAUGGGCAUUUUUUGCCCCAAAUUACUCCACUUGCUGGAGCUUGGCCACUUGGAGCCUCCUGUCCAAAAAAAAGGGCGGAACCCCACCUCAAAAGCCCCAACCCUGAGUUCCCCUGUCCUCCUUAUCAUUGUUAUUAUUCUUAAUUAUUCUUAAUUAUUCUUAUUAUUAAUUAUUAUUGAUGUUGUUAUUAUUAUUAUUGCAAUUCUUAUUUAUUUUCCCUUUGAUGUCGGGAUAAUUUCUCGCUUUUCAGUGGUUUAUUUCCGAUUUAUUUCCUAUUCUUCCCUGGUUUUCCCCAAUCCUGGUACUCCCCAGCACCCUCUUUUUCCCCCCAGACCCUUCCCCAAACCCAUCCUGGCUCCUGGUUUUUUUGUGUCGUGCCUGUGUGAAGCUUCUUGUAGUUUUAAUUAUUAUUAAUAUAAAUAUUUAGGAGCGA